AUGGUAGACGGCCUAGCCCGUUUAGUUCCUUGGGCAGGUGGGCCGCCCGAGACCCAGAGGCAAGAAAGGCGCUACGGGAACCGUAAGGCGCCGCACUUCCCUAGAUCACUCGAUUCCUCGUCGCGGGUCCUGGUCCUGGAAGCGGCGGGGGAGCUGGUCCAGGAAUCGUCAGGACGCCCCCGCGCGCCAUUACAGUCUGACAGUGACCACACAGGUUCAGGCCUCAGUCCUCCUGUCGCUGUCCCCGCUCAUGAACCGGGCAGCGACUACGGAACGAGCGGAUGUGGAUUUCCUGUUUCGAUUUCGAUUUCCCUUCCUCUUCCUCUGCCUCGGGUUUGCCAGUUUUGGGUUCCUGUCCACAUGGAUGGGUGGAGAUGGAUCGACAAAGCGGCUGCGGCUGCUGCUGUGGCGUUCUUGCUCCUGUCGACCGCUCCUCCUGGAGGAGCAAGGAGAGAACCCGAUGUCAACAACAAUGGGCGGAAUUUUGUUUUUAACUAUACUCUGGCCAAGGCUGUUGUGGAAUACGCUGCAGCUGUAUAUAUGACAGAUCUGACGGCUCUAUAUACAUGGACAUGCUCAAGAUGCAAUGACUUGACUCGAGGCUUUGAGAUGACUUGUAUAAUUGUUGAUGUCCAGAAUUGCUUGCAGGCAUUCGUCGGUGUUGAUCACAAUCUCAAUGCUAUCAUUGUUUCAAUCAGGGGAACUCAAGAGAACAGCGUACAGAAUUGGAUUAAGGACAUAAUAUGGAAGCAGGUUAAUCUUAAUUAUCCAAACAUGCCCAAUGCUAAGGUCCACAUUGGGUUUUACUCUUCUUACAAUAAUACAGUUUUACGUCCAGCCAUCACGAAUGCUGUUCGCAAGGCAAGGAAGCUACAUGGACAUAGUAACAUAAUUGUAACAGGGCAUUCCAUGGGUGGAGCAAUAGCUUCUUUUUGUGCCCUUGAUCUUGCCAUGAGCUUUGGAAGUAACAAUGUUCAUCUGAUGACUUUUGGGCAACCACGUGUUGGCAAUGCUGCUUUUGCCUCCUACUUUGCCAAGUAUGUGACAAACACAAUCAGAAUGACACAUGAACGUGAUAUUGUACCUCAUCUGCCGCCUUAUUUCUUCUUCCUCCCACAACUGACGUACAAGCACUUCCCCAGAGAGGUGUGGGAACAUGAAGUCGAUGGCAACACAACCUAUCAAGUCUGCGAUGGCAGCGGUGAAGACCCAAACUGUUGCAGGAGCGUGUUUGUGCUGCUCUGGAGCGCUUCUGACCACUUGAUCUACAUGGGAGUUGAGAUCGCGGCUGAUGAUUGGAGCACCUGCAGGAUCGUCCUGGGGCGAAGUGUCGAGCAGCUCAAAGGGAGCCUUGCCAGCGACAUUGUGAUGUCCGGACUGUCAGUCGACGUUGUCAUCGCGGAUGAUAGUGUGCAAGUUGAGUGA